GCUUACACACCUGUCCAAGAUAGCUCGCCAGACCUCGUGCGUCGCAUGAACGUAUAUCGUCGGCAGUCACCCGUCGUUGCCCACGUCUCAGAGGACCGACUCCAAUCACCAUGUCUGGCCACGCACGGACCGCAUACAUCAACCUCCCCGAUGCGACGGCGCAUCAUGUACCCUACAAAGCUCCUCCAACUCCGCAAAACCCGGUGGUCAAGGGCCGCCCAUUGGCCUUUCUAGCUUCGCUUGUGGAGAACGUCCCCCUCCUACCGACCAUCCUCUAUCGCAAUGCAGGCUUCGCUGGCCUGCGAUCACUCGAGGAACUCGACGACGUUGUUCCGCGAUUCGAUCCGACUGUGAUUAGGCCACCUCCACCGGGAGACAAAGCGCCGGCGAGCGAGCCGCAAUACACAAACCUGCGUGUCCCACCUCAGAACUCCCAGGGCCGUUUCUACACGGUGGAAGACUACCACAAUGCCUACAAGAGCGGGCGGCUGACACCAUCCGAUGUUGCGGAAAUACUGUUGCCUUUGAUCCGUCGAGAUGUCCCAGAUCGCUCUCCGCACUCAACGGCGUUCAUCGACAGCAAUGUGGAUGCUGUGAGGGAGGCUGCCGAGGCUUCCACCAAGAGGUGGAAGGACGGGAAGCCGCUGGGGAUUCUAGACGGUGUGCCUUUCGGCGCCAAGGAUGAUCUCGACGUCAAGGGAUACAAGAGAUACAUUGGCGCAACCAAGGACUACACUGAGGGUAAAGAGGUGGAGACGAGUUGGUGUGUGGCCAAGGUCGAAGAGGCAGGCGGUAUAAUGGUCGGGAAGCUGAGUAUGCAUGAGCUAGGGAUGGACACUACAAACAACAACCCGAACUGGGGCACACCUUUGAACCCUUAUAAUUCGAGCUACUACACGGGCGGAUCAACAGGAGGCGGCGGCUAUGCUGUCGCAUCAGGCCUCAUCCCCUUCUGCAUCGGAUCCGAUGGAGGUGGAUCCGUCCGAAUUCCCUCGAGUUACUGCGGCUUAUACGGCUUAAAGCCAUCGCACGGACGAGUCUCCACCGAACCUCUCCAAUCGUCGGACAACUCGGUCACAGUCAGGGGACCAGUCGCUAGUAACAUGGCCGACCUUGACAUCUCCUACCGCACCUUCGCAGUGCCUGACCCUUCAGAGCAGUCAUCCAGCCAGUUCUCUCCACCCAAGCCAUUCGGAAGCCCUUCCAACUCUCCAAGCAAAACUCUAGGAAUUUGUAAAUCCUGGUUUGACCGCGCCGACCCGGCCGUCCAGCAGGCCUGCCACUCUGCCCUCCAAUACCUCGUUUCCGAGCACGGCUACCAAACCGUCGACAUCGACAUCCCCCUACUCCACCAGGGGCAAAUGGCACACGCCAUGACCAUCCUCGCCGAGACGACCGCAAAGGUGCAGUCCCUUGCUGGCCUCACCCCGCCUAACAAGAUCCUCCUCAGCGUGUCACGAGCAACGCCCGCUACAGACUAUAUCCUAGCACAGAAGCUCAGGCAGGUAUUGAUGCAGCACCUCGCGCAUCUCUUCCAAACACACCCCGGUCUCAUCAUUGUGACGCCCACCACGCCCAAUGCCGGCUGGCCCAUCGGCGACGGCGAAUUGAGCCACGGGAUGUCGGAUGGCAAUACGCAGGUGCGCAAUAUGGAGUAUGUGUGGUUAGCUAACUUCACGGGUGUGCCGUCCAUACAAUUCCCUGUUGGGUAUGUCGAUCCUGUCAAGGGGAGCGGCAAGAUUCCGGUCGGCCUGAUGGGAGCUGGAGAGUGGGGAAGUGAGGAGGACUUGAUUGAGUUUGGGUACGAUGGAGAGGACUGGUUGCAUAAGGGGUAUGAGGGUGGGAGGAGGAAGCCUGAGGGGUGGAUUGAUGUGUUGAAAUGGCAAAUGUAAAGGCUUGGAAGGGUGUGAGAACAGGCUGUUGGAAAAUACAUGGAAGUUGGGAGGUUCCGUUCUCAUUCGACACUUCAUCGAAUAUCACAUAUGAAAGCAGCCCAAUCGCAAUCAACGCCAGUAAACAAAAGAAGCGAC